AUGGAUAUCCAGAGGUCUCUCAGUAACGCUUUCGCAUCUCUUCGCACGAUAGCAGAAUACAAAGCAUCUGCUCCGUCUGCCGGACUCAAGAGAUCGGAUUCUGGAUACGAGUCACUCCAGUCGCACAAAAGCAUUGAGCCCAACCAGCAAGCCGUCACACCAACUGGCCUUCUCAGCAGGGGACAUGUGCCUAUUCCCACCAAGACCAUUAAGCUUGAGUUCUCGAAUUAUGCACAGGUGGAGGUGAAGCGUCGUGGUGCCAAGAGUAGUAAACGAUAUGAGUUUGAGUAUUGGGGAGUUCAUUAUGUCUGGAAACGUAUCACGGAUCGAAUUGGCUCUUCGAAGGAAGUGUCCUUCUGCUUGUUUCGCAACAACGAGGACUGUGCUCUUGCCCGGAUCAAGCCUACCCUCAUGAGUGGUGUGCAACAGCGCGAAGAGCUUUCGAAAGGAGGUUGGGUUCCGCCGUGCACUAUGGGCAUAACCGACGAAGAGAUCCUCGAGAACCACAACGAAAUUACAGAGUAG